CCAAGUGUCACUCCACUAAACUCAUACCACUUUUCUACUAAUCAAACAAACAUUUCUCAACCCAUUUCACACAAACACCAAUGGCGAUGGCUUUCAAGAUGGCGACGACUGGGAUGUGGGUCACUGAUGAGUGCAAAAACUCGUUCAUGGAGAUGAAGUGGAAACGAGUUCACCGAUUCAUAGUGUUCAAGAUCGACGAGAAAUCGAGAUUGGUCACCGUUGAUAAGGUCGGUGGUCCGGGCGAAGGAUACGAUGAGCUUGCGAAAUCUUUGCCGGACGAUGACUGCCGAUAUGCUGUUUUCGACUUCGAUUUCGUCACUAUUGAUAAUUGUCGCAAAAGCAAGAUCUUCUUUAUUGCAUGGUCUCCAACAGCAUCAAGAAUUAGAGCAAAAAUGCUAUAUGCGACCUCAAAAGCUGGACUGAGGAGAGCACUGGAGGGCGUUCACUAUGAACUACAAGCAACUGACCCAACUGAGAUGGGAUUUGAUCUCAUCACAGAUAGAGCUAAAUAAUUAUGAUCAUAAUUACCAAUUACUUGCACUUCAUUAGUUUAAUUAAUACCAUCUUUUACCCCUUUCUUUAUUAAUAUAAUAAUUCCCAUUCUGAUGUGCUUUUGUUACUUUAAUUUUCCUUUGUUUUUCACUUUUCUUGGUUUUUGGCACUAAUGUAAGUUCAACUUCUAAUCUGUAAUAGUAAAUAUUUAUUUCCUAUAUGUGGUAAUGAGAUUUCAAAAGCACCAUUUUGAUUCUAACAAAA